CGGCUGGACUCGGCGUCCCCUCUCCGCCUUCCCUCGCAGGAAGCCCCGCUCGGCAGCGCGAGUAGCUCGGAGGGGCGGGAGGGCCGGCGGCGGCUGUGAGAAGGAGGGAGCAGCCCUGGCAGUGCCCUCGCAGGGGGACGAGGACGGCGGUAGCGAAAUGCAAAAAUUCAAGGCAUGAAAAAUGCUGUUCCCAAGAAUGAUAAGAAGAGACGAAAACAGCUGGCAGAUGAAGUUGCCAAACUAGAGGCAGAACUUGAACAGAAGCACAAGGAAGAAUUAAAGCAGCUGAAGGAAGCUUCACCUGAACAGAAUAAGACAGAUUCCAUAGCUGAUGGGGUUGCAAAUUUAGAGCUUGAAGGAGUAGAGCAGCAGAUUCAGCAUCCUCGAAUAUCAAAAGCACAGAAGAGGCGGGAGAAAAAAGCUGCUUUGGAGAAAGAAAGAGAAGAAAGAAUAGCUGAAGCUGAGAUACAAAAUUUAACAGGUGCUAGACAUCUUGAAAGUCAGAAACUUGCCUCCCUAUUGGCAGCAAGGCACUUGGAGAUUAAACAAAUCCCUUCAGAUGGCCAUUGCAUGUACAGAGCUAUUGAAGACCAGCUCAAGGAUCACCAAAAUUCCUGGACUGUUGCAACUCUGAGGAGCCAAACAGCACAGUAUAUGCAAAGUCACUUCGAUGACUUCCUGCCUUUUCUGACAAACCCUAAUACUGGAGACAUGUAUAGCAGAGAGGAAUUUGAGAAAUACUGUGAUGAUAUAGCCAAUACAGCUGCAUGGGGUGGUCAGCUGGAACUAAGGGCUUUGUCACACAUUUUACAAACACCUAUUGAAGUAGUGCAAAUGGAUUCUCCUCCCAUUAUUGUUGGUGAAGAAUAUUCAGGCAAACCAAUAACACUUGUGUAUAUGAGGCAUGCCUAUGGAUUAGGAGAACAUUACAAUUCUGUAAAAGUUCUAACAGACACUGCUACAGAAAACAGCAGCUAGCAUACAAAAGUUGUGCAUUCACAUGGAUAACGGUUGCAUUGUGAUGUGUUGGACUCCAGGAAAUUCCCAGUAAGACUGGAAAGUAAAUGGAAUGGAUUAUAGAGUAAAAAAAAAAAACAAACCUGCAAGGUUUGACUGUAAAUCAGAAAUAGGUCUUGAUUUAAAACCAAACCAAACCAAAACCACACAACAAUAUUUUGAACUUGUUGGUAUUAAUUAUGUUUAGAAGAUCUUCUGUAGAAUGGUGGCUGUAUAGAUCAGGUUUUUUUUAAUAGAGCUUCCUCCUAUGCUGCAGGGAAAAUACCAAGUGGUAAAAAUUUGUUUUGAUUAGUCUGCAUUUCUGCUGAAAAAUUAAGGUUAGUGAAGGUUCCUGUUCCAUUAUUUCUGUCAGAUUUUCAUGAUAAUGGAAGAGUUCAAGCACUUGAAAUAGCUGAUUGUAUUUUGGUUGAUGGAAUAUCCUCUACAUAGUCCUAUCAGGAUCUAGUUUUAACAGUGUAGUAUUGAUCCCCUUCUUUAUUUGGGCAGAGAAGAUCUGGAGGCAAAUCCAGCAGCAGAAUGUCUUGCUUGGCUGAAGGAAUUGCACCAUCUUUUUAAGACUUUCAUGUAAGAUUUUUACCAAGGUUUGAUGUAGGUUUUUUUUUUUUUUUGCAGUUGACAGUAGGAAUUCGACUAUUGUGCAGGAAGAUCAUUGUUAUUUAUGAGUGUACAUUAUAAUGUCAGUGCAAGUUAACCUCACUGUUCAUUCUCCAUAGUCUUUCAGCUGUACAUUUUUGUGAAUCAAUCAUCUUACAGGGCUCCUCAAUGUCCUCACUUCAGGUAGUAAAACUCACCUGAACUCAUAAUUUAUGGAUCUGCUGAUCUAAGCACUUUGUCAUCUAAAGUGUGAUGUUUUAUAAUGCUGAAAACAGCUGGUUGCACACAGCUGAAGAAAUAACUACUUUGGGUUUUGUCAGUAACUAAAGGUGAUCUGGAAAAGAAUUGUUUAUUUUAAUUGCUUCUUACGAUGCACGAAGACUUGAAGGGUUUUAAUAUGGUUUGACAUUUUACAUUAGAAAUGUAGAUUGUUGUCUGUAAAUGUGACUUAAAACUUAGGAGCAUACUGAAACCAAAGUUGUAAUGCAAAUGUUUUUUAACAAGAGAAGUGAUUUUUAAAUUUUUUUUUAAAGCCUUAGUCAAAAAAAUAAUUGUCUGUAUUUUACUGCUGCUGAGUUGGUUUGGAGAAAAGCGGUUCAUGAAAAGAUUAAACACCUUUGCCCUGGUUUGAGGAUUAUGACCUAACAGUACAUAUCUUGUACUUCAGUAAAGCUAGCUUGCAGACUGACAUUCCUGGAACUUAGAAAAAUCUGCUCUUACUUAAGAGGGAGAGAAGUGAUCACUUUAUGGGGCAGAUUAUGUCUGAUUUAAAGUACUUUGAGAGAGAGAGGAGGUGAAAAAAAAAAAUCAGAUAAUUACAGCAGGGUUUUUUCAACAAGCAGUUCUUUGGGCUGGUUCCUGCCAGGAAAACAAAGUAUUAACCAGAUCAGGAGUUUUUACAUUCUUAAUUAUCUGUUACAGUAUAACAAAUAUAGCUGGUUUAUACACAAAAUCAGCUGGCUUCCUGUAAAAUUUGGUUUACUACCUUCAUUAUAUAAAAUGAUGGUUUUAAUUUCAAACAAAAAAUAGGCUACCACAGCAUGGAAAAAAAUGUUUCUAGUCAUAAUACCAUUACAAAUUUCACUAAAAAGAAUAAGAAUAAUAAAUAUUCUUCUCUGCAUUGCUUAGAAUUGAUAUAUAAAAUGCACAUACUGAAUUUUAUAGAUCCGCAGUUCUUUGGUUUAUUUGGAUUUCAGUUUUGUUUGAUUAACAGAGAGAAAAGAUGCUGGAAUCGGGGAAUGUCUGUACCAACAGUUUGUCAUGUUGAAGAUGUUUACAGUUUGUAUAAAGUUAAAUAAUUUAAUAUAGCGAGUGAAAGAUCCCUGCUCAUUCUGUAUGGGACUUGCCAAAAAGUAAUAAAUUGGUUUAUUUGUGGCAAA